AUGAAGAUUGUCCUCGCUGACGUCUGCUGGACGCUCCCCGGCUUCUGGAGCUACAAAUUCACCUAUCUCGACAACCCUGAUCGCGCUCCGCUCCGUCAGCACGAAUUUAACCUCAUGCCCGCCGCGAAGCGCCUGGUUAUGGAAUUCUGGCGCUCCCCACCCCCCUCCUGGUCGUGGGCAGCCACCGAAGCUCUCGCCCAGAUCGCCCGCUCCUCCUGGCACGGUUUGUCGAACGCCGACCCCACGGUUGUAGUGAGUUAG